AUGUCCGGAUAUCCCGGUCACCACGAUUACGAUGAUGGCUACGGCCAUCAUCAGGGGAACACGGAUUCCUAUUACCAGGAUGACCAGCAGCAGUACUACGACUCGAACGGCUACGGUGCCCCAGGUGCCCACGGCGCCCAGGCCGCCCACGGCGCCCAGGCCGCCCACGGUGGUCAUGGUGCCCACGGUGCUCAGCCCGGAGGCGAUGGAUACUACGAUGAGUCUGGCUACUACAAUGCCGACCCUAAUGACCCAAAUCACCAAGAUGGCGGGUACUAUGACAACCACGACCAGUACCAGGAUGGCUACUAUGACAACGGUUAUUACGACCAAGGCUACGACCAGGGCAAUAACCGAGCCCGACGUGGGGGUUCAGAAGAAGACUCGGAGACGUUCAGCGACUUCACCAUGAGGUCGGACAUGGCUCGAGCUGCCGAUAUGGACUAUUACGGCCGGGGUGACGAGCGUUACAACAGCUACAACGAUGGACAGCCCGGUGGAAGAGGCUACCGACCACCGUCAUCUCAGAUUUCAUACGGCGGCAAUCGCUCUUCCGGCGCCUCCACCCCAAACUAUGGUAUGGAUUACGGGAACGUCCUGCCUGCUGGUCAGCGCUCGCGUGAACCCUACCCGGCUUGGACUUCUGAUGCUCAGAUCCCCUUGUCCAAGGAGGAAGUAGAGGACAUAUUCCUUGACCUGACGGCCAAAUUUGGUUUCCAGAGAGACAGCAUGCGGAACAUGUACGACCACCUCAUGACUCUACUCGACUCGAGAGCCUCGCGCAUGACUCCCAAUCAGGCACUGCUCUCGAUCCAUGCCGAUUACAUUGGUGGAGACAACGCAAACUACCGGAAAUGGUACUUUGCCGCCCAUCUCGACCUCGAUGAUGCCGUUGGUUUCGCCAACAUGAAGGGCAAGGGCUUGCGUCGGAGCCGGAAGAACAAGAAGAACAAGAAGAAGGAGAACGCGAAUGACGAGCAGGCGUUGGAGGAUCUUGAGGGCGACGACUCUCUGGAAGCUGCCGAGUUCCGCUGGAAGACGCGUAUGAACCGCAUGUCCCAGCAUGACCGUAUACGGCAGAUCGCCCUUUACCUGCUCUGCUGGGGUGAGGCGAAUCAAGUUCGCUUCAUGCCCGAGUGCUUGUGCUUCAUCUUCAAGUGCGCCGACGACUUCCUCAACUCUCCCACCUGCCAGAACAUGGUGGAACCAGUCGACGAGUUUACCUUCCUCAACAACGUCAUCACUCCCCUCUACCAGUACAUCAGGGACCAGGGUUACGAGAUUCUUGACGGCGUCUAUGUCCGGCGUGAGAGGGAUCACAACCAGAUCAUUGGUUAUGAUGACUGCAACCAGUUGUUCUGGUAUCCCGAGGGUAUCGAGCGCAUCGUUCUCCAGGAUAAGACCAAGCUCGUUGAGAUUCCACCCGCUGAGCGCUACCUGAAGCUCCAGGACGUCAACUGGAAGAAGUGCUUCUUCAAGACGUACAAGGAAACCCGCUCCUGGUUCCAUCUCCUUGUCAACUUCAACAGAAUCUGGAUCAUCCACUUGACCAUGUUCUGGUUCUACACCGCUCACAACGCGCCCAGCUUACUCGUGAAGAACUACGAGCAGCAGGUCAACCAGUCGCCUCCCGCAUCCGCCCAAUGGUCCAUCGUCGGUUUCGGUGGAGGCAUUGCCGCCCUCAUCCAGGUCCUCGCCACGGUGGCUGAAUGGGCCUAUGUUCCCCGUAAGUGGGCGGGCGCUCAGCACCUGACAAAACGUCUGCUCUUCUUGAUCGUCAUCUUCAUCAUCAACGUCGGCCCGGGCGUUUACGUCUUCAUGCCGGAGAAGGAUGACGAGGCAUUCGAGGCAAAGCAGAGGAGCCAGGUCGCCAAAAUUCUCGGCAUCGUGCAGUUCUUCAUUGCCCUCGUCACCUUCGUCUUUUUCUCCGUCAUGCCCCUGGGUGGUCUGUUCGGCAGCUAUCUCACCAAGAACUCGCGGAGAUAUGUUGCCAGUCAGACCUUCACGGCAAGCUACCCUCGUCUCCGAGGUAAUGACAUGAUGAUGUCCUACGGCCUCUGGAUCACCGUGUUUGGUGCCAAGUUCGGAGAAUCCUACGUCUACCUGACUCUGUCUUUCCGUGACCCGAUCAGGUAUCUCGCCAUGAUGAAAACCGACAGCUGCCUAGGCGAUACGAUCGUGAAGCAAUAUCUAUGCAAAUAUCAUCCUCAGAUUCUUCUUGGACUGAUGACCUUCACCGACAUGAUCUUCUUCUUCCUCGAUACUUACCUCUGGUAUGUUCUGACCAACACGGUCUUCUCGAUCGCCCGGUCCUUCUACCUUGGUUCGUCCAUUUGGACGCCGUGGAGGAACAUCUUCUCGCGUCUGCCCAAGCGCAUCUACUCCAAAAUCUUGGCCACGACGGACAUGGAGAUUAAGUACAAACCCAAGGUCCUGAUCUCCCAGAUCUGGAAUGCCAUCGUCAUCUCCAUGUACCGCGAGCAUCUCCUGGCCAUCGACCACGUCCAGAAGCUUCUGUAUCACCAGGUCCCAUCCGAGCAGGAGGGUAAGCGCACUCUUCGCGCGCCGACCUUCUUCGUGUCCCAGGAGGACCACUCGUUCAAGACCGAGUUCUUCCCGUCCCAUAGCGAAGCCGAGCGCAGAAUAUCGUUCUUCGCACAGUCGCUGUCCACCCCGAUCCCAGAGCCCCUACCGGUGGACAACAUGCCCACCUUCACAGUCAUGAUUCCUCACUACAGCGAGAAGAUCCUCCUAUCGCUGCGCGAAAUCAUCCGCGAGGACGAGCCGUACUCCCGUGUUACUCUUCUGGAAUAUCUGAAGCAGCUGCACCCCCAUGAGUGGGACUGCUUCGUCAAGGACACCAAAAUCCUGGCCGACGAGACGUCUCAGUUCAAUGGCGAUGAGAAGAACGAGAAGGACACGGCGAAGAGCAAGAUCGACGAUCUCCCCUUCUACUGCAUUGGCUUCAAGUCGUCUGCUCCCGAAUACACUCUCCGUACCCGUAUCUGGGCCUCGCUGCGUUCCCAGACCCUCUACCGCACCGUCUCCGGUUUCAUGAACUACAGCCGUGCCAUCAAGCUACUCUACCGCGUGGAGAACCCCGAAGUCGUGCAGAUGUUUGGCGGCAACUCAGACAAGCUGGAGCGUGAGCUGGAGCGCAUGGCCCGCCGCAAGUUCAAGCUCGUCGUCUCGAUGCAGCGCUAUGCCAAGUUCAAGAAAGAGGAGAUGGAGAACGCCGAAUUCUUGCUCAGGGCGUACCCGGACCUGCAAAUCGCCUAUCUUGACGAGGAGCCGCCCCUGGUCGAGGGUGAGGAACCCCGCCUGUACUCGGCACUGAUUGACGGCCACUCGGAAAUCAUGGAGAACGGCAUGAGGCGGCCCAAAUUCCGCGUCCAGCUCUCUGGCAACCCAGUCCUCGGCGACGGCAAGUCGGAUAACCAGAACCACGCGCUCAUCUUCUAUCGUGGCGAAUACAUCCAGCUCAUCGAUGCCAACCAGGACAACUAUCUCGAGGAGUGUCUCAAGAUCCGCAGCGUGCUUGCCGAAUUCGAGGAGAUGAAGGCAGAAACCGCCUCUCCCUACACGCCCGGCGUGAAGAACGCGGUCAAGGCCCCUGUGGCCAUUCUCGGCGCUCGCGAAUACAUCUUCUCGGAGAAUAUUGGUAUCCUCGGUGAUGUUGCUGCUGGUAAGGAACAGACUUUCGGCACCCUCUUCGCCAGGACUCUCGCCCAGAUUGGCGGCAAGCUGCACUAUGGCCAUCCCGAUUUCCUCAACGGCAUCUUCAUGACCACUCGCGGUGGUGUCUCGAAGGCGCAGAAGGGCUUGCAUCUGAACGAAGACAUCUACGCCGGCAUGACCGCCGUCCUACGUGGCGGCCGCAUCAAGCAUUGCGAGUACUACCAGUGUGGCAAGGGUCGUGAUCUCGGCUUUGGCUCCAUUCUCAACUUCACCACCAAGAUCGGCACCGGCAUGGGCGAACAGAUGCUUUCCAGAGAAUACUACUACCUCGGGACCCAGUUGCCACUGGAUCGAUUCCUGUCGUUCUACUAUGCCCACCCUGGCUUCCACCUGAACAACAUGUUCAUCAUGCUUUCGGUGCAGCUGUUCAUGAUCACCCUGAUCAACCUGGGAGCCCUGCGGCACGAGACGAUCCCCUGCGACUACAACCGCAAUGUUCCCAUCACCGACCCCUUGUACCCGACCGGCUGCCAGAACACUGAUUCGAUAAUGGAUUGGGUCUAUCGAUGCGUCCUGUCCAUCUUCUUCGUCUUCUUCCUGUCCUACGUACCUCUCAUCGUCCAGGAACUGACCGAGCGUGGCUUGUUCCGCGCCGCCACUCGAUUCCUGAAGCAGUUCUUCUCCCUCUCGCCAUUCUUUGAGGUCUUCGUGUGCCAGAUCUACGCCAACUCGGUGCAGCAGGAUCUCUCGUUUGGCGGAGCCAGGUACAUCGGCACCGGUCGUGGCUUCGCCACGGCUCGCAUCCCCUUCGGCGUCUUGUACUCGCGCUUUGCUGGGCCGUCCAUCUACUUUGGAGCUCGCCUGCUCAUGAUGUUGCUCUUUGCCACCUUGACUGUCUGGCAGGCCUCGCUGACGUACUUCUACAUCUCCCUCCUCGCCCUCGUCAUCUCGCCCUUCUUCUUCAACCCUCAUCAGUUUGCCUGGAAUGAUUUCUUCAUCGACUACCGCGACUUCCUGCGGUGGCUGUCCCGUGGCAAUUCGCGGUCGCAUGCCUCGUCGUGGAUCGCCUUCUGUCGCCUGUCUCGGACACGGAUCACCGGCUACAAGCGCAAGGCUCUAGGAGACCCGUCCAGCAAGCUCUCUGCCGAUGUGCCACGCGCUGCCAUCACCAACAUCGUGUGGGGGGAGAUCAUCACACCGCUGCUGCUUGUCGCCCUGACCCUGAUCCCUUAUCUGUUCAUCAAUGCGCAGACUGGCGUUGACGGCCCCAAUAAUCACAACGACCCCGAUGCUAAGCCUACUGCAUCGCUUCUGAGAAUCGGCAUUAUAGCCUUCGGGCCCAUUGCCGUCAACGCCGGUGUUCUGGCAGCGUUCUUCGGCAUGGCUUGCUGCAUGGGCCCGCUCCUCAGCAUGUGCUGCAAGAAAUUCGGCAGCGUCCUCGCCGCCAUUGCCCACGGCAUUGCCGUGGUCAUGCUCCUGGUUUUCUUCGAAGUCCUGUUCUUCCUCGAGGGGUUCAAUUUCACAAAGACUUUCCUGGGCAUGAUUGCGGUAGUUGCUAUCCAGCGAUUCGUCUUCAAGCUGAUCAUCUCGCUCAGUCUCACGAGGGAGUUCAAGACGGAUCAGUCCAAUAUCGCCUUCUGGACCGGCAAGUGGUAUUCCAUGGGCUGGCAUUCCGUCUCGCAGCCUGCUCGAGAAUACCUCUGCAAGAUCACUGAACUGAGCAUGUUCGCGGCCGACUUUAUUCUCGGACACGUUCUCCUGUUCAUCAUGCUGCCGGUCAUUGUCAUCCCUCAGGUUGACAAGCUGCAUUCCAUGAUACUCUUCUGGCUCCGACCUAGCCGCCAAAUCCGACCGCCAAUCUACUCAAUGAAGCAGUCGAAGCUAAGGCGGAGACGAGUCUUCCGCUAUGCCAUCCUUUACUUCGUCAUGUUGGUUGUAUUUGUGGGGUUGAUUGUCGGACCGAUCGUUGCCGGCAAGCAUAUUCCUGCUAGUAUCACCGACAGCCUGAGCUCCACCAGCCUCGUCCAGCCCACGGGUCAGGACAAUGAUGACACGAUAGGCACGGAAGAGACGGGUGUUCGUGCUGACGGCUAUACGGGCGCCGGCCUGAAGACGAUGACAGCGACGGCGGACUCUGCACGGAAGACGAAGUCAUCUUCAGACAACGAUCGACUCCGCCUUUUCUAG